AUGUGGCUGCUAAUUUGGUGGGGCCCCCGGGCCCCGAAGGUUUUGUGGGGAGCAGAGUCCCGGAGGCUCCAAAUGUUUCGGGACCACAGGGCUCCUAGUGAUGGAAGCUGGGUCACUAAGGGGAAAAAGGGAAAGGGUAAGAGGGGUGGUCCUUCCGCUGUGUCCGUGUCCUUCUUCCUGUUUAUGGGGGAAGUGGUCUUAUUGGCCGGUUGGAGGACCCUGGAGUGGGUCACGGCUUAG